AUGUCCACUCAAGCACAUGAAGCGUCGAGCGACCGGGAUCUCACAACUGUCAGCGAGAAAGACGCCCAUCUGCGCUAUCUCCGGCCAUCCGACGGUCAGCUUGUGCCGCUCGUCACCCAGAGUUUUGAUCAAGACGGCCAGCUACAAGGCACAGCACAAUGGACACGGUUAAAUCGGCCAGUGAACCAGGUGCCCUCAUUCCAGCUUCUGUCGUAUUGGAUUCUCUCGCCGGUUCUGGGAAGAGAGGGUGAUUCCGAGCUCGAGCUUACGCCAUCGUCAAUCGGCUGGACUGCGCUGAGGCUCAUCAUCUCAUCCCCUCUUUCCAUUGCCCUUCUUUCCGGAGUAACGCAUGGUCUAGGAGCGUUUCGCAUAUCCUGGCUCCCGCAAAGCCCAAUCACAGAACCAGACCAUCGCUAUGAUGAGGUACACAUCCCAUCCUCUGGCUCUGCUCCGUCGCCUCAUUUUCACGACAUAGACACUGGGGCAGAGAGCGCCGUAAGGCAAGGAUCCAGGGAUGUAGAAAGUCUCCCGCUGCCUACCCAUCUCUGCAUCAUCAAAGAUGCCGAGCAGAGAACGUACGAGACCGUUCCAGUCGUAGCAAACGCAGACACCGAAUUUGUCUUCGUUGCGUACGCCAGGACACAGUUCAAUGUCAUCCCGAACGCUGAGAUUGAAUCCCAGGAUUAUCCCAAUAAACAAGCCCGGGAAGCCAGUCGGCAGAUAGCGAGAAGAGACCGAGAGACUCUGAUCCAGUGGGGGAUUGACGCCGCUCAAGCAGCCGGGAAGCAAGCCUUUUGGAUUGAUUUCGAGUGUAUUGGGGAUGAAGAGGACCUUGGUAGCAGCUCUGCUAGGAAUGAGCAACGCAUCUGCCAGAUUAUACAGGCAGCCCACUCAAUUGUCGUCGCGGUAGGGCCUUCAGUCAGCGAAAGGAUAUCGUCUCUCAUCACCAACUCGGAACCUCCGGAACAUGCUUCAGAGAAGGCAUCACAGUGGCUCCAGCAGUGGGCGGCUUCGCACUGGUCCCUGCCACAGCUGCUUCUCUCCCCAAGCGAGCAGAACAUCAGCCUCUACAUCCUCAGUGAUCCCGAGGAACCAAAGGUCCUCACCAAACGCGACGUUGCAGAUCUAGGCUGGGAGAAUUCGAGAUCUGUUGUCAAGGAUUUGGUCGAUCACUUCGAAGGAUCAGCCAGCUUGCCUCCGCUGCGGCUCAUCCAGCUGGCUCUCAAUUACUUCUCCAGGCAGAAUCUUACCCCCUUCCACUCAUGGGACGUGACUUAUGCCAUCAUGAGCCUCUUCCCAGACCACCAGAAGCCUCACGUGUACCCGAGCGACUCGCCGUUCCAAGUAUUCGCACGCUUCGCGGCGGAGAUUGAGCCCAGGAGUAGUAUUCUUGAGCGCAUCAUCUGCGAUGCGCCCUAUGGCAAGGAACAAGAGGACUGGAACACAGAUCUUGCCAGUAUCCAGCCUACCUUUCGCAUUAGCGAAAUCACAGAGUCGGAUGCCAUCGUCCUCGAUUAUGUCCCUGCAGCUUCUAUAUGUUGGGACCAGAUCCCUGCUGCACCAGGCCUUGAGUUUGGCUCCCAAUUCACUCGUCGCCUCAUCGGCAUCUCUCUCAGUGUUGCAGUAGCGAUGCCUUUGCUUCGAGCAUACUUUGCAAACGUAUAUCUUCAGUUCUCCAACCCGGAGCUCGAGCUGGUACGUGUGCUGUUUAACCUCAUCAGUGUCGGCGCUCGAUAUACAGCUGGUGUCGCGCUCGUAGCACCUCUGUACUUUCUCAAAGCCAAGAAGUCAACAACUCACGUACAAUGGAUCGACUUUGGCUUUCAUGGCCUGGCCUUCUACUUGACCUCGGGGCUUGUUGGUGAGUUGCUGGUCGUGUUUGGACUUGCAGCUUUCCAGCAAAUCGCAAAUGACCCAACCGCGACGGGUGCCUUCAUCUCGGGACUGUUCUUUCAGACCACUCCUCUUGCAUUCUUGCUCGGGGCCAAAGCCCGCCCUGCCCCGGCCAAGGCUCGUCUUAUAGGCAUUGAAGGGCUCGCUGAUAGGGCCACUGUUGAGCGAUACAUCUGGGGCUACGAUUUCGGCAAACUCACUCAUUACUCUAUCCGUGGCAGCAGUGCAAGUUCGAGCCCAGCUCCCGAGUCAGACUUUACUCUCGUAGAUACCUAUGGAUGCACCAUUACCUACUUCCGGUGCAGGAAACCUCCAGUUGCUGUGUUUCUGUGUGGAAAAGAAGGCGAUGCACGGCGUGCUGUGCUUUGCUCCUAUGAUCAUCACACAGGUAUUUAUCAUCGUGAACAGAUUCUCAGGGUGGAUGGCAUGGUGGCAAAGAAGAUGCACUAUGUGCAAUCCGCCAAGCUUUCUCUGAACACGAUGCCAGAGUACGCAGAACCAGAUGUUGAGCCACCUCAAGAGACUCUUCCUGAUGGCGAAGUGCAACCGCUCUUCUUGAAUACAAACUCAGUUGAUGAGACGGCUUUUCUAGCUGGUCGGAAAUACAAAAGAUUCAUUCCUUCGGGAUUCCUAUUGGCUAGUUUGUUGGGGGCGCGGGUGUUUGGGCUAACCUUCUAUCACUCGCUUGCGGGCAAAGAAGAGGCAUAUUUCACUGGUUUCCUUCUAAUCCAGCCCCUCGCGUAUCUUUUCGUGCGAAGACGGAUUUUCACGCGAGUAAUAGUACCUGCUGCGUACUGGUACGAGAUCCUUUUCAGCUUGUACACGCUGUCAGAUAUGACGUACCAUAAGGAGGUGGUCAAGUAUAAACAUCUCUUGGAAGGUCUUCUAGGAAUAUCGGCCGGUUUGAUGCUCCCACUGCUGGUGAUGUACACCUGGUCCUGGUUUCCUGCUCGACAACAGCCAGUCCGCAUGGUCGUGUGGUCGGUGCUCGGCAGCCAGGUCUUCAGUCUCCUUAACGCAUACAAUCCAGUCUUCUAUCGUUCUGGCCAGCUGUUCUUGUCAGGUGCAGUGCUGUUUAUAGGAACCCUGGGAGCGAACUAUAUUGGUCUACCUGAAGACUCGCCAAGGUUGGACACAGCGGAGAGGGUGGUGCAAUCCCGUCGGUCUGCAGUGACCAAGCUUUCAGUGAAUGGAAGUUUGGAUGGAGCCUCCAGUGUGUCGCUCAGAAAGGCUUUUCUGCAGCUUCGCAUGUCACGGUAUCAAUGGAUCCGGUCGCUGCUCGUCUUUUUCGUCUCUGCCCUGAGCGGUCUCCAUGUUUGGAGAGACAGGUCCAGGGGAUUAGGCAAGGCUGUUGGAGAGACCAGAGUGACGGUGGCUAUGUUGGUCAUCAGUCUGUUUCUAGCAAUGCUGCCGCGUCUUCAUCGUUAUGUUAUGAUAUUUUGCGAUCUAUCACCCUCGGUGGGCUUCUUCUUCCGACUUUUCCGAGUCAGAGGAGUGUUUGGAAGCACGGCGCAUGUCCUCGCCCGAACAAAUGUCUUCGUUUUCCCUCUUUUCCUAGCGUCAAUCGUAAACGAAUCCGAGUCAUGGACUGACACAACUGUGACCCUGUUCUCCUCGAUGAUGGGUUGGGGCGUGUCACGACUGCUCUCUGCUAUCUUUUACCCGCCGAUUCCUCCGCCUGCAACGCUCAUACCACAAGCCUUGGUUCUUGGUAUAUUAUGGAUCUACCAGGCCCGGCAUAGGAAGAACGCAAUUUCCCAGGCUCGGUCCAGUACAAUUCGUUCAGAGUACCAAGACAAUGUUGAGAUUGAAGCGCUCACGUAG